UAAGUUGUAUCACAACAUAAAGAUGCAACAAAUAUAAAAACAUUCAUUACCAAACAUCAAUCAUAAUCAUUAUUUCAGGUAACUGAUGUCUGUGGAACUUCCGGUGUUUGACAUCUCAAAGCCUCUAAACGAGUCAUCGCUGACGUCGCUACAAGAUGCUUGUAAGGAGUGGGGUUUCUUCUACGUGACAAACCAUGGCAUCUCCGGCGAUAUGUACCAGAAACUCCGACGAUUCUCCGGUGGAAUUUUCGGGCUCAGAGACGAGGAUAAGAUUAAGAUGGGAGCAUCUAAUUAUACUCCUCGUUUCAUUGCAUCUCCUUUCUUCGAGAGCCUCCGUGUCUCCGGUCCCGAUUUCUAUGCUUCGGCCAAGUCUUCCAUCGAUGCUUUUUCCGACCAACCUACCGAUGAGGAGUUCAGCGAGUUGAUGAAAGAAUAUGGAGAAAAGAUGACGGAACUAUGCGAGAAAAUAAUGAAAGCCAUACUCUCUAGCUUCGGAGAGGAUCUUCAUCACAAAUAUUACAAGUCUGAGUUUGGAAACUGCCAUGGCUACUUCAGGAUCAACAACUACACAAUCCCUUUAGAACAAGAUCAUCAAGAAGACGAUGUUGACUUGUUAGAAGGGCUGGGAAUGCACACUGACAUGAGCUGCAUCACUAUCGUUGAUCAAGACGACAUUGGAGGUCUUCAAGUCAGAACCAGAGACGGGAUUGGUCUCAUGGAUAUUAACCCUAAAGACGAGGCUUUAGUCGUCAACGUCGGAGAUUUAUUACACGCUUGGACCAACGGACGGCUGAGAUCGUCCCAACACAGGGUUGUGUUGAAACGGCAUAGUUUCGUGGAAAACAGAUUCUCCCUCGCUUUCUUCUGGUGUUUUGAGGAUCAGAAAGUCGUCUUUGCCCCUGACGAAGUUGUUGGAGGUGGUGAACGUGGGAGGGUAUUUCGGUCAUUUAAAUGUGGGGAUUAUUUGAGGUUCAGGGAGAGUAAUGAGAAAGGGAAGUUCGAGAAGGUUGGGCACACGGUCGAAGACUUUGCACGAACUGAGGACAGUAAUUAA